AUGUCCAGAUUCGUGCGCGCUUCUAAAUUUAGACACGUUUUUGGUACUACUGCAAAACACGAAAACUGUUUUGAUAAUGUUAAAGUUAGUUCGAGCGCGUGGGAUACGAAUCUUGUUAAAGUCAAUCCUUUAUUCGUUUCUAUUAAUUGGAACCCUGGUGGAGGUGGUGCAUUUGCUGUAAUUCCGCAUAAGGAUAGUGGUAAAAUAAGUGAUGGAAUACCUCUUUAUCGUGCUCAUACCGCUCCAGUCUUGGAUACAGAUUUCGCAAACUUUAAUGAUUAUGUUGUUGCUUCUUGUGGUGAAGAUUCCAAAGUAAUGAUUUGGAAUAUUCCAGAAGAACUCGGUGAACCCGAAUCUCCUGAUAUUGAACCUGUUGCUAAAUUAAAUGGUCAUGGACGAAAAGUUGGCCAUGUUUUAUUUCAUCCUGUAGCUGAUAACAUUCUUGCAUCGUCAUCUGCUGAUCUCACUAUAAAAUUAUGGGAUAUUGAAAAGGGAGAAGAGAGACAAGAGUUGAAAGGUUUUUUGGAUUUUGUGCAAUCAAUGUCUUGGAAUUAUAAUGGUAGUUUAUUGGUUACGACUUGUCGAGACAAAAAACUUAGGAUUUUCGAUGUGCGUUCUAAUAAGGUUGUUCAGGAAGCUGCGAGUCAUCAAGGUGUAAAAGGUUCUAGAGUCGUUUGGUUAGGUGAAACUGAUCGGAUUGUGACAACCGGUUUCUCAAAGAUGAGUGAUCGACAAGUAUUUCUAUGGAAUUCGGCAGAUCUCGAUAAACCAAUUAAAAGUAUAAUGUUAGAUACUUCAUCUGGUGUUGUUAUGCCAUUUUAUGAUAAUGAUCUCAAAAUACUAUACUUGGCUGGAAAGGUUGAUGGAAAUAUUCGUUACUAUGAAUUUGAAAAUGAUGAAUUAUAUUAUUUGUCAGAAUUUAAAUCAUCUGAACCUCAACGUGGAAUGUCAUUUAUGCCAAAACGUGCUAUAAAUGUAUGCGAAUGUGAAAUAGCCAGGGCCUAUAAAGUAUCCAGUAAUUUAGUUGAACCAAUUUCAUUCACUGUACCAAGAAAAGUAACUGAUUUGUUUCCACCAACUUUGGGUGAUGAGCCAGCUUUGACUGCGGAUGAAUUUUUCGCAGGAAAAAAUGCCAAUCCCAAAACCAUAGAUUUGGAAAAUGGUUUUCAAGCAAAGGAGAAAAAAGAAUUCAUCAGUAGCGCACCAAAAGAGGAAGAAAAAGAAACCCCGGCACCUAAAACCGAGAAAGAAUAUCAAGAUGCAUAUCAUCAACUUCGUCAAGAAAAUGAUGAUCUACGGAAUCAGUUAGCGCAACGAGAUGUGACUAUUCGCGCAUUAACGAUUCAACUAGAGAAAUUAAAAACAGAAUCUUCAAUAACAUCCUAA